AUGUCUGACUCGUCUACAUAUCCACCAUCUCCUGUUCGCGACACUCUGUACUCUUCAUCGCCGCACGAGCCCAUCGACAAGCGCGAAGCCCGUCGCAAACUCAAAGCGCAACAUCGGGCCGGUCAAUACGGCGAUCCGACGAACAUCACCUUACUCGUUCUCGCCCUUGCGUUGCUCUACUGGUUCCUUCCCAUCCCGGGCAUCUUCGAAUUCCUCUACUCCAAGAGGAACGCUAGGGAUAGCUGCAAGUGCACAGGUGUCAACGCAGCCGGAGAGGUACUAUUGAAACCGACCAUGCCGUGGCAGAAGCAGUUUACGCUCAGCUCGCGCAGCAAGGGCUGCCACCUCAUCCAGAAUGAGAUCAUGCCGCAUCUCGAGGAGGGGUUGAAGGGCGUCAAGGUGGGCGUGCUGACGCUGUUCAUCCAGCAUACUUCGGCGGCGCUGACGUUGAACGAGAACUUUGAUAAGGACGUUCGCACCGAUAUGGACAUGGCACUCGACAAGGUCGUCCCCGAAUCGUUGCCCUGGAGGCACACCGACGAGGGCCCGGACGACUCGGUCUCGCACACCAAGACGAGUCUCAUCGGCGCCUCGGUCACCAUCCCCAUCACCGAUGGUCGACUCAACCUCGGCACCUGGCAGUCGGUUUACCUAUGCGAGUUCCGCAAGCUCUCGCACAAGCGCAAGAUUGUCGCCACCAUCCUGCCUUGA